UUUCAAUGAAAAGAAAUAGUCCGGUUGUUCAACUCCAAGACAAAUUUCUUUAACGCAGAAAAGAGACCAAGCAAUUCAUUAUGGAUGAACCUGGCCCAAGUCAUGCAGGUUAUAGCAAUGGUUUAGCAGGAUUGCUGCAAAUGAGAUAUGGAGAUAAAUAUUUCUUACACUCCACUACAGAAGGCUUUCAUCAUAUGCUUGAUACACUGAAAAAUCAAGGAAAAAGAAGAGAUCAUAUUCCAGAGUUUAGUUCUAAGCAGCUCUUGGAGAUAUCAAAACGAGCAUUGAAGAACGGAGAGAUAAAUAUUGCAGAACAAUAUGCUGGAAGAGCAAUACGAAAAGAGAAAUAUGAAGAUGCAUCAAAAGAGAGAAACCCAGAACCUUAUUAUCAUUUAGCUGAAGUCCUUCGAGAGAAAGCAUCAGACGAAACCGUGGAGUUACUUCAAAGACAAAAAUUCUUACUGCAGGCUGCAUCGCUUUACAACUUCGUAAGAAAUUGUUUUAAUAAAAGUACUGUCGAAAGUGAAUUUGCGACGACUCAUGAGAGUGUUUUACCAGGAAAAAUCUCAAAUAUUCAAGAACGUCUAAUCACAGCGACUGAAGGAAACAACCAACGCUGUAGAUUCAAUAAUGAAACUAAGAAAGCCGCCUUAAAACAGUUACGAGAGGAGUCUAGGAGAGAACUUGGAGUUAUAAAUGUCAAAUACGAUGCUGAAACUGGCAAUGAGGAAGAACAUCGAAAAAUAUUUAUCAAGCAAGCCGCGGAGGUAAGAGAUCUAUACAAAAAGAUUGCAUCAAAAAUGAAACAGUUCUUUGCAGAAAUCAUUCAAGAGUGUUUAGAAGUUCUGGGUGAACCGCCAUGCGAAUACGAAGUAAUUCUACUUGGAUCAUUAGCGAGAGAUGAGAUGACGCCAUAUUCUGAUCUGGAGUGGGCUAUACUAACCAGCUCUGAUGACAAACAAGCUAAGCCAUUCUUUCGUCAUUUGACAAUCUUGUUCAUUUACAGAUUAUCAACCUUGGAGAAACCAUCCUACCUUGCAUGGAUAUUAAAGUUUUAAAAGGAGAAUUCGAAUGGUUUUAUGAUGAUGUAACUCCAAAAGGAAUUUCCUUCGAUGGCCUUCUUGAUCAGGCAAGCAAGACUCCUUUGGGCAACACAAAAGAUUUUGAGCUCAUUCACAGCCCCACUGAAAUGGCAAACUUUCAGAGCAACGUUUGGUACAAUAAGGAUCCUCGUCUCGGUGAAAUCCUUUUGAAUGUUGCGCCACUCGAAGAAAACAGACAUGCUUUACUCGAUGAAUACAACAUGGGACUUGAAAAGAUCUUGCGUGAACCAUGUGACUUGAAUGGCUGUGCUCACGAUAGCUUAAAUACCAAACCGACAAGAGGAACUUGCCGAGGACUGCGCACGCUCCGAGAGGACAUAACCAGAUAUGAACCACGUCUAUUGGGCCUAACUUUAGAAUACGAGGGGUAUGUAAGUUCUGAACCUGAGGCCUUGGUAAUGUUGUCAGU